AUGACAAAGGACGCAACAUGGCAACACGUUCCCUCGGAAGAUAACCCCGCGGAUUUGUUGUUUAGAGGAAGCAGCGUAGAAACCUUGAGGAGCAGUAGUUUGUGGUGGAACGGACCGAGCUGGAUUCGACAACCAGAGGUGCGGCCUUCAUACAGCAAAGAACCCGAAGCAGAAUUACCUGAAUUGAAGACAAUAUCAGUUAUUUUAAUGGCAGUCAAUACAAGAGAUAUCAUUCGUAAAUAUUCAUCGUACAAUAAGUUGUGUAGAAUUCUCGCUUAUUGUCAUCGUUUUAUUCAUAAUUGUAGAAAUAAGAAGAAAGUUGGUCCAUUGGAAACAGCCGGAAUUUUAAAGGCAGAAAAUACAGUUUUACGGUGGACUCAAAUUGAAGCAUUUUCACAGGAAUUGAGUUGUUUACAGAGGAAAUGUGAAUUACCAAGGAAAAGUCCAUUGCGAUCAUUGCAUCCGUUUUUGGAUGAAAAUAAUUUGAUUCGUGUUGGCGGUAGACUUAAAAAUGCAGAACUCUCAUGGGAGCAGAAGCAUCAAAUACUGCUUCCUGCUAAACAUUUUGUUACGAGACUCAUGCGCAAAGACCAUUUGCGCUUAAAGCAUUGUCCUCCUGAGCAGCUUUUAUACACAGUUCGUCAACAAUUUUGGCCGAUCAGUGGACGCAGAGAAGCACAUAAAGUAGUAAAGGAAUGCGUGCAAUGUUUUCGAUUCAAUCCUACGGCUUUCGAUACAUUGAUGGGUGAUCUACCAAGAGAAAGGGUCAGAGAAAGCAGACGUCAUGGUAGAAUUCAUGUUUCAAAGGGCUAUGUAGCAGUUUUUGUCUGCUUUUGUACAAAAGCUGUUCAUUUGGAGAUGGUUACGGAGUUGACAACUCAAGCCUUUUUAGCAGCAUUGCAACGAUUUACGGCACGUCGUGGAAUUUGUAAUCGCCUUUACUCUGACAACGGAUCAAAUUUCAUCGGUGCAUCCAGAGAGAUAAAGGACUUGCAAGACUUUUUAAAGAAGAAGUCAUCAACGAUUGCUUCAAGCUUGGCGGAGCAACACAUGGACUGGUCAUUUAUCCCACCCCGAGCUUCUCAUUUUGGAGGGCUUUGGGAAGCCGCCGUGAAGGUUAUGAAGAAACAUCUGUAUACAGAAAUACGCAGCAAAGUAUUAACAUUCGAGGAGUAUAGUACGUUGUUAAGCAACAUUGAGGCCAUUUUAAACUCGAGGCCUUUGACUCCAGUAACCAGAUCCUAA